AUGCCGCAACCAAGCUUACCUAUGGCAGUAGACGCGGGUAGCACCGCCCCUGCCAGAGCCCCGGGCGGCGACGCCAUGCCCAUGGAGGACGCGAGGCCAAAACGGAAGGCCGAGACACGUGCUGAGGUGGACUUCCUCAGCGCGGCCCUGCGGGAGUUGGGCGCCCUGGAGGCGCCUGACUGCACAGCCAGACAGACCACCUCGGAGUGGUUAGGGUGCACGGGGGGCCGCGUGUUUGACAUCGGGAGAGUGGACCCUGAUGACGGCAGUUCCUGGGACUGCAGCCUUCCAGCGAAGCAGCGGAAGGAGAUUCUCAGGCAGGACCGGGUGUACCUCGGGAGAGCGAAGGGUGCAUGUUGGUUGUCCAACGGAAAAGAGCUAGCAGGCCGCAUGGCAUCCUUUCUUCCAGGACAGCCGGCCGACACAGCUGUCGUCCAGGGCCUCGAGGCACAGCUCAGAGCAGACGGGAGGAUCAAACCUCUUUUCGCUUGUCCCCUGGAGCCGGAGGAGGACUUGCACGAAUGCCCUUCCAUGGGUGAUUGGUGUGAUCAUUCGACGGAACAGUAUGUAGACGACGUAUCAGGUUGCGUGCUUGAUCCCACGUUCGUGAAAGGGGCCCGCGAGGCCGAGUUGAGAGAAGCUGAUGACUUCAAGGUGUACAAGUGGGCUCCGGUGGAAGAGGCCGCACAAGUAACAGGAAAGAAACCGAUUGGCGUCCGUUGGUCUGACGCCAACAAAGGGGACCAGAACAACCCCAAUUACCGGAGCCGCCUCUGCGCCAAGGAGCUCAAGGUCAAAGAUCCCGGAAAGGAGGGGACUUUCGCAGCGACACCGCCGCUCGAGGCGUUGCGCUUCCUAUGCUCCUUGAUGAUGACCGCGCCUGGAGGGGAGGACGCGGAGGCGCAGCAGCGCGGAGACACGUUGUUGUUGUUGUUCAUGGACGCUACACGUGCCCAUUUCCACAGCCCCACGGAUGAGCUGAUCUACGUGGAGGCGCCGCCAGAGCGACACCGCCCAGGGCGGCGUCGGCGCCUCUUGAAAAGCAUGCGCGGGACCCGCCGGGCAGGACACAACUGGGAGCGGUUCUACACGAGCGUGCUGGUCGAGCGUCUUGGUUUUACCCAGGGCUUGAGCAGCCCAUGCGUGUUCCUACACGGUAAACGCCGUGUGAGGGCUUGGGUGCAUGGAGACGAUUUCGCGUUUCUUGGAUCACGCGCGGAUGUCCUCUGGGUGGAAGAGCAGAUGCGGCAGCUCAUCAAGAUGAAGAAAACUGGCUUGCUGGAAGUCCGAUGCUUGAAUCGAAUCAUUCGGCUCGACACUGCAAGGGAUUGUCUUGAGUGGGAGUGCGAUCCACGGCACGCACAUAUCGCAGUCGAGCAGAUGGGUCUCCGGAAGGUCUCCAAAGGAGUGGUGACUCCUGGUGCUUCCACCGCAGUGCCGGACCCAAAGGGCGAUCCAGUUCUCGAUAGAAGUGCAGCCACCCUCUUCCGUUCAGUGACCAUGAGGACAGCGCACCAAUCAAUAGAUCGACCAGAGUUGCUAUAUCCAGCCAAGGAGGCAGCAAGGGCGAUGCAGAACCCGACGAGAAGCGCGCUGGAGAAGAUCAAAAGGAUCGCUCGCUAUCUCGUGUCGGCGCCGCGGGUCGUGCAGGUGUUUCACCGUCAGCCGGAGCAAAGCAAGCUGAUUCAGUACACUGACGCGGACCAUGCCGGGUGUAAGGUCACUCGCAGGUCAACUUCUGCAGGGGCAACAAUGCACGGCAGUCACAUGUUGGCAGCGUAUUCUACGACGCAGAAGCCGAUAGCCACUUCUUCUGGAGAGUCGGAGGACUACGGCAUGUUCAAGGCCGGGUCGCGCCAUGUGGGAAUGGCCCUCAUGGCCAAGGACUACGGCUUGACAUGCAAGGCCGAGCUCCGGGCAGAUGCUUCUGCAGGCGUCGGCAUAGCAUCGAGGCGUGGCAUUGGCAAGAUACGCCACCUGCACACGCAGGCACUGUGGCUACAGCAAGCAGUGGCCGAAAAGCGCCUGAGCGUUUCGAAGACCAAGGGAGAGAGCAAUCCAGCCAAUCUUCCCACGAAGCACGGCGACGGGAAGACGAUGUGGCAGCAUCUGGCAGACCUCGGUUUCGAGCUCCGGAGUGGCCAGAGCAAGCUCGCCAUUGAACGGAAGUCGGGAGUCGUGAACGAGGUGUUGAGCGACGACGCAGAUGACAUGAAAGACAGCGCCAUCGCGGUCACUGACGAGGCCCCGCCUUGGUUCAAGGAAUACGAGGCCAGGCAGAAAAGGCAACUGAACAUGCGGUUCGACAGGCUGCACGAGAAGAUGGGCACGAAGAAGGGCGUGAUCAAAGAAGUGAGGGAGGACGUGGAGGAUCUGAAAGAGACCAUGCGCAAUGUCGAUGAGAGGAUCGAUGGCAUGGCAAUGGACGUCACGAACCUCAAGGCGGACAUGGAUAUGUUCGUAACAGCGGACUCCAUGAAAAACGAGGUGGAGGAGCUCGUCAAAAAGGCGAUGGCGGACUUCUCGUGUAUUCAUCGCGGGGCCUGGGGGCAGGGAGUCGGGGGCGCAAACACCAACAAGGGCAACAACGCCAUCGAUUCAGACAUGGACAGGGCCAUGCAGGCGGUCGCCUUCGGCUUCAAGGAAAGACAGCCGGCCGUGAAUAUCGAGGAGACCUUGGAGACGGCGCUGAAAGUCCUUCUUGGGGAAGUGCACGCGGCAAGCGCGAGCGCGUUCACGGAGGAAGCGAAGAUGGGAGUCAUCACAUUCCGGAACAUCCACGACAAGAUCGAGUUCUACAAAGCCGCGCGCGCGUGCACAGACAAGAGCAUGCCGGGGGGGAUGUUCUUCCGCAACAGCCUGGCGACGGAGGAGAGAGAGAAGGAGAAGAGGUUGAGGCGCACCAAGCACCACAUCAUCAACGACGGUGGGGGGGACGACGGCGACGCGAAGAUCCUGUGGAGGAGGGACAUGGUCACAGUCAAGGGGGAGAAGGUGGCUUGGUACGACGAGGAGGGGGAAUGGCACGUGAAGACGGUAGCGAAAAAGGUGGAGGCGAAUAUUGACGAAAGCAUGAAGAAGUGGAGGUCGAAAACCGACCCAGAGCCAGUCACGGAUAUCGAUUGA